AUGCUCCCCAGAGGAGGAGGAGCAGAGGCCCAGGACUGGCAUCUGGACAUGCAGCUGAUGGGCAAGGUGGUGCUGUCUGCCGCUGCCCUGCUCCUGGUGACCGCAGCCUACAGGCUGUACAAGUCAAGGCCUCGCCCGGCCCCACAGGGGGGCGGGAACGCCAAGGCUGAGGCCAAGGAGGAGGUAAAGGGCUCCAGGCAGCUUGCCAUCCAGGCGGCUGUUUCCGGGGCGCCACAGUGGGGCCUGAGACGCCGGAGGGGAAGCAAAGGGGCCGGAGUAUCGCUGGGCUGUGGCUGGGAGAAUCCGGAGGGCUCUGGAGUCCUGGCAGCGGGAGCCUCUUCGGCAGACUCAGAAGCCCGAGAGGUUGGGGAACCCAAGAGGAAACGGGCUAGUGAGGAGCAGGGUGGGCAGUGCCCGGACUCUGACCUGGCAACUCCUCGGUGCCGUGGCCAGGAAGCCGGAACAGCUGCUGGAGGUAAGCCCGAGCGGCCCUAUCACCCCCUUUGGUGCAGUGAAGCCCAAAGCCCCCCAGCUGGCCUCGCUGCAGUGGACGGCAACGGUGUGGGUGGUGAACAGGCUCUAUGGAAGGACAAUGGACCCCCCAAGCCGCCAGGGGCCGGUGAGCAGGAAUCCCCCCACCAGUGCUGGGCGGCCCACACUGAAGGCGAGAGUGACAUGAACAAGAGCUGGAUCUUCAGCCACGUGACGGGGGUCCACCGGGAAGAGGCUGGGGCCCUCCAGGCUGCCUCGGACAUGGGCCUGGCCCUGCGUCAGCAGGAGGGAGCCACUGAUGCCUCCUAUACCUUCUCAUCCGUGGCCCGGCUUCGAGUGGAGGAGAAUUUCAUAUCAGAGAAGGUGGAGGGGGUCAGGCCCAGGCUGAAGGGUAAGGUGUACGAUUACUACGUUGAAUCCACCUCCCAGGCCACCUCCAGGGGCAGGCUGGCCCCCAGAACAGCAGCCCUGGCUGAGGCUCCACCCCCUGUGUCAGUGUCAGGCCCCCUGGGAACAGGGGCAGCCUCCGGAGACCCGGCCGAUGACAGAGUAGGUGGAGCAGAGACAGCCGCCUCCCCCCAGCCUGUGCUGUCACCGUCCACACAUGUCUUCAGCAGGAAGGAGAGCCUCCUUCAGAUCAUGGAAAACCCGGAGCUUCAGCUACAAAUCGAUGGCUUUGGGGACCCCCCUCCAUCCUGCCCAGACCAGAGUGCCCCGCCCACCUGCCCCAUAUCCUGGGAUCCUUCUGGGUCCAGCUCAGCUGGAGGCAGCGAGAAGCCCCACGUGCACUUUGUGGCUGGGACCAAUUUCUUCCAUCUCCCGUUCACCCCUGGAUCAGCCCCAGAUGUCCACCUGGAUCUGGGCAAUUGUUAUGAGGUGCUGACCUUUGCCAAGCGGCAGAACCUGGAGGCCCUGAAGGAAGCCGCCUACAAGGUGAUGAGUGACAACUACCUCCAGGUCCUGCGCAGCCCGGACAUCUACGGGUGCCUGAGCGGGGCAGAGCGGGAGCUGAUCCUCCAGCGACGGCUCCGGGGCCGCAAGCACCUGGUGGUGGCCGACAUGUGCCCCCAGGAAGACUCCAGCAGCCUCUACUGCUAUGACGAUGAGCAGGAAGUCUGGCACCUGCUGGCCUGUCUGCCCCCCGAGGCUGUGUCCCGGGGCUGUGCCAUCUGUAGCCUCUUCAAUUAUCUCUUCGUGGUGUCCGGUUGCCAGGGGUCCAGGCGCCAGCCCUCCAAUCGCGUCUUCUGCUACAAUCCGCUGACGGGCAUCUGGAGCGAGGUGUGCCCUCUGAACCAGGCCCGGCCACACUGCCGACUAGUGGUCCUGGACGGACACCUGUACGCCAUCGGGGGUGAGUGUCUGAACACGGUAGAACGCUAUGACCCUCGCCUGGACCGCUGGACCUUUGCCCCGCCGCUCCCCAAUGACACCUUCGCCCUGGCGCACACAGCCACGGCGUGUGCUGGAGAGAUCUUUGUCACCGGUGGCUCCCUGCGCUACCUGCUGCUCCGCUUCUCGGCCCAGGAGCAGCGCUGGCGGGCAAGCCCCACGGGGGGCAGCAGGGACCGCACGGCCGAGAUGGUGGCGGUCAAAGGCUUUCUCUAUCGCUUUGACCUCCACCGCAGCCUAGGCAUCAGCGUGUACCGCUGCAGCGCCAGCGCCCGCUUCUGGUACGAGUGCGCCACGUACCGGACCCCUUACCCGGACGCCUUCCAGUGCGCCGUGGUGGACGACCUCAUCUACUGCGUGGGGCGCCAGUGCAUGCUCCGCUUCCUGGCCGACUACAUCUCACCCAGGUUUGUGCCCGAGGAGCUGCAGAGCUUCCCCUCCCCGCAGGGCACCCUCCUGCCUACCGUUCUGACCUUGCCCAGCCCUGACGUACCCCAGACCAGGGUCUAG